AUAGAGGUAAAGUGACAGUAUAAUGGUGAAGUGUCAUAGUAAUGAGCUCAGGAAAUUGCACAACAUACUUAUUACCGCAUCACUUGAAUGUGCUUGUCCAACUGAUGUGUUUGUUUGUGAAUGCCGUGCAUUGUUUUAUCAGACAGUCCUGGUACCAUGGACCAAGAGCGAGGCGGAGCUACAGGCCCUCAGAUUGUUACACGCAGCCGAGGGAGAGUGAAGGAAGAGCGCGAUGGUGAUUCCACGGCCGGACAUUUACAUCGCUUCCCAGUCAAAUUCAGUUCUACUGAGCCCAAUGAAUACACAAUUGACUUUGAUCAACCCUGCACGGUGCUGGAGGCAAUCAAAUCAGAUGAAAACUUCAAGAAGAAGAUGAAUUGUUCAGAUAAAAACAUUAUGAUUCAGCUGGGUAAAGAGGAUAAGAAUUAUAUAUUUGCAACACAUUUCCCUUGUUCUUGUAUCAGGAGAGGUGCGUCUCUGAUCUUAUCAUAUAAAUCAGAACAGGUUGAGACAGUUCAAGACCAACAAGACAAAACAAUACAACCAAGAGACGAGUAUUCUGUCUUCUACAUUGAAACAGUGGGAGGGCUAGACACCAAAACAAAGAAGCCCUUUAGAAACAAUGCUGUCAAGAAGUUCAAGUAUCUGUGUGAUUAUGGGGAGAAGGGGAUGACUGUAGAGGAGGCUCUGAAAAGAGACGGUCGCUUCAUCGAUGAUCUCAGCAACUUUAUUGAGAACUUUACUAAGAUUUAUGAAGAACUGCAUCAGCAGUUUCCAAGGCUGAAAGAACUGAUGGAGAGUAGAGUCCUUGCUAAUUAUUAUCAUUAUCACACUAAAUGA